AUGGAUUGUGAACAGGAUUUUAGAAAUCACAUGUUAAUACCGAACGAUCCCAGUGAAGAACGUGACAAUUGCAAUACUUGUUUGGAUGGUUUCGAUAAUCAAUAUGAUAUGUAUAAACAUUUACACUAUAACCACUUGUGUGAAAGACCAUAUAAAUGUGACGCAUGUCUAGCUACAUUUGUCUAUCCUAACCACUUAAAAUUUCACUUACACAUACAUACAAAACUCGAACCAUAUUUUUGCGAGAUUUGUGGCGAAGUCUUUAAAACCAAAAUUAGCAAAAACAAACACACUAUGUGUAAACACGACUUUAUAAAGCCGUAUGAAUGUACAAUAUGUCACAAGAGCUACAUGCGACAAUCAAAACUUUUUAAACACAUGCGAAAGCAGGGUCACAGGAGUCUAACCUUAAUAGAGAAGACUCUGGAAGUAUUAAUAGAAUAAACAAUCAAGUACAAUUACAACUACUUUUAAUAAUUAUAAUGUUGAACCGUUUUUUUUGAGAGAUGAUAUGUAUAGAUAGAUAUUUCCCAGUAGAUAUAAUUAAACACUG